AAAAACACGAGGAACUCUCAUCCUAAGAGAUAACAAUCAUUAACUAGUAGUUUCUUGAUCACCACCAUGAAAGUCAUUUUUGGAACUUUUUUCUUUUAUUUGAGCGUCGUUGGAUUUCCGCAAGAAACGCCUAUUCCUAUUUUAAGACAAAAUCAAGAGGUCAAUAUCGAUGGAUCUUACAGAUGGAGUUAUGAAACUGGUAAUGGAAUAGCAGCUGAAGAACAAGGAUUCUUAAAGAAGGAUAGCCCCGAUCAAGAGAUUCAAGUUGCUCAAGGUCAAUUUAAAUAUAAAGAUUUAGAUGGACAAGAUAUCGAAUUAGCUUACAUCGCCGAUGAGAAUGGUUUUCAACCUCAAGGAAACCACCUUCCGACUCCUCCACCAAUUCCACCAUCGAUACAACGAGCUUUGGAAUAUUUAGCUACUUUACCCGAUGAGGCGAAUUCAAAAAAGAAAUUUUAA